CAAGAAGACAACUAAUCAACAAAAAAAGAAGAAGAGAGAAAUUCGGAAAACGCGUUGCGGUUGCAGCUGUCACCAUUGAUGGAAAAACAGAAAAUUUGAACAAAAUCAUAAAUUUCUCGUGAAAUAUUGAAUCAUCUAUCUUUCGAUUGAGGACAGGGUGAAUGUUCAGUUACUGAAGAAUGGCUAGAGGACAACAAAAACUCCAAUCCCAAGCUAAAGCUGCUGAAAAGUCUGCCAAACUGAAAAAACAGCAAGGACAUAGUUCAACAGACCAAAAAAAGGCAGCCCAGAAAGCCUUGGUUCACAUUUGCACGAUUUGUAAGGCACAAAUGCCUGAUCCAAAAACCUACAAGCAACACUUUGAAAACAAACAUCCAAAGAAUGAGAUGCCUGCAGAUCUUAAAGAUAUUUGAACCAAUAGAGACAGUAAUAUGGUGUGUUUGAUAUCUAUUUUGGACACCAAACUGGUGUCCCAUUAUAUUUUUGUUUGUUUUGUAUCCAUGUAUUCUUCUUACCACUGGAGUUGGAUUUUUAUUUAAAAAACAUUAAAUUAUGAUUUUGU